AUGGAAAAUCGUUACGAGAAAAUCGAAUUCCUGGGCGAAGGCCAAUUCGCCACCGUCUACAAAGCGAAAGACAUCGAAACGGACAACAUAGUGGCGGUAAAGAAAAUCAAAUUGGGCACCAGAGAAGAGGCACAAGACGGCAUCAACCGAACCGCUCUCAGAGAAAUCAAACUACUCCAGGAGCUUGACCACGAAAAUCUUAUUGGACUUUUAGACGUAUUUGGACACAUGUCCAACGUGUCUUUGGUGUUUGAUUUCAUGGACACAGAUUUAGAAGUGAUUAUUAAAGAUAAUACCAUUAUUUUGACUACUGCUAAUAUAAAAUCUUACACCUUACAAACUUUGAGAGGUUUAGAAUAUUUGCACUUGAAUUGGAUAUUGCAUAGAGACUUAAAACCUAAUAAUUUACUAGUUGAUUCUAAGGGGGUGCUUAAGAUUGGGGAUUUUGGUUUAGCAAAAAUGUAUGGGUCACCUAAUAGAAUAAACACUCAUCAAGUUGUUACUAGAUGGUAUAGGGCACCAGAGUUGCUUUUUGGUGCCAAACAAUAUGGAACUUGUAUAGAUAUUUGGGCUGUAGGCUGUAUUUUGGCUGAGUUGCUUUUAAGAUUACCACUGUUUCCAGGUGAAUCUGAUUUGGAUCAACUAACGAAAAUAUUUGGAGUAUUUGGAAAUCCUACAGAAGAAAAUUGGCCAGGAAUUAAAACAUUGUCUGAUUAUAUUGAAUUUAAACCAUUUCCAAUUAUUCCUUUAAAGUCUAUUUUUACUGCAGCUGGAGAUGAUUUGUUAGAGGUUAUUGAGAGUAUGUUAACUCUGAAUCCGGUUGCAAGGAAAAGCUGCAGUGAAUGUUUAAAAAUGCCUUUUUUUAGUAAUAAGCCUGCUCCAACUGUUGGGAGUAAAUUGCCUUUGCCCCAAAGCAUAAGGAAAAUUGCUGAAAUUGAAAGGCCUUCUUUAAAAAGAAAGUUGUUGGAAUCUGCUGAAGGAGGUACAUUGUCUAAGAGAUUAUUUGUAUAA